GAAUCUCACGGUCUUCAGGUCUCAGUUCACGUCCACGAUGUUACCGAAUAAGGCUCUCGUCGUGUGUCUCGUUCUACCGUUGAUUCUCGCGAGUAGCGCGCAAAGCCUGAAUCUCGAAGACAUAUCCAGAACAUUGGACGAGCUUCUCGUCGGUGUUCGAUCACCUCGACGGCCGCGAGAUCGCGAGGACACGUCGUCAAUCUGGCAAAAAUAUGAAUUCGGCACCGGAGCCGGGAACCGAGAAGAGGUGGAAGUGACGAACAUUACGUUGCACAGAUACGCCGAUAUCCCCGAGACAAAUGAUUGGCAAUUCUUACAGACGGAAAAUGCUUAUUUUAUUUGCGCCGAAGGCUCGACUUUACUCUUCUACGAAGUCGACCUGAACGAUCUGUCCAUCAAACUUAGCGCAAAUGUGACGACCGAGGGACGUAUAUUGCGGUUCAAAGUUUUCGAUUUAAAGGUUGAGGAGAUGAAACGUAAAGAUUACGCGGACGAUUUGAUGGCAGUUCUGUUCGUCGGGUCCGAAUACGGCUAUUUUCUCUACUGGUAUCGAGUCUCGGAGAACGCGACUCGAUUAUAUUCGAAAUUGUCGGUGCAACAUGAGUACCGAGACAUGGAAAUCGUUCGUAAGGGAGAUCAAAACGAGUUAUUGUUGCUCAACAAUAACGUCGUGUAUCUCGGACAGUCGUCCAUCGAUGUUUACGGUUUCCACUCCGAUUACAGCAAUCAUCGCAUCGACAUAUGGUUUUGUCGGCGAUUGUACAUCCCCGAAACAUCCGACGUCCAGGUCUGUCCGUUUUAUGACAGCACCAUACUGGCCCUUCAGACGAACGACAGCAUUGUCUUGUACGUGGCGCGAGACGAUGAUGUACAUUGCAAGUACGAGGAGUUCGAAGUCAUCGAGACGAAGCAGCUCGCGAAUUUCGUCUGUUUCGAGAGCGGUUACAUCGAGUAUCUGGCGAUUGCCGCAAGAAAAGCGCGGCUGUUUCACUUUUUCGAGAACGAGUUCCAGGACAACGCGGAGACGAGUCUGCUAUUCGACGGGAUCAUCGAAGAGGUCUCAUGGAUCACGGCUGUGCCGCUCCACACGUAUCGCGAUGAGUCACUAUUGCUGGUGCAAUUUGAAAAUUUGACAGAGAUUGCGCUGGCCUGGCAAGGGUCGUAUUUUAAGCAAGUUCUAUUGCCGAGCCAGAUUAUGGACGACUUUGAUCUGUCAAGAGUCGUCGUUGUCCCGAAAGUCGGAUUUAUGCAUGGAAACACACUCGUACGGAUAGAUGUGAUUCUAAGGGAGUUGGCGUACCCUGCUCACAGUGAGACCGAGAGCAUGUUGAAGACGCGGAUUUUGUUGGAGGAUGUGUUUCGCACACAAGAAGCUAUCUUGGACAAGACCGAGGCACAAGUGAAUCAAAGUUACCUCAAGAAUCCUGUGACAGGAUUUUGGAACCUUUCGAGAGCGAACGUUUCGGACGUUGCGACUGGGAAAGACGUAAAGUACGGCGCGAUCAAGGUCGGCACAAUGGAUUUGCAGCCCGAAGAUAUGUCGACGAACGUGAUGUCGAGCUUGAAGAAACUCGAGGAGCUUGAAGCAAAACUUGAUCCGGUCUUAUCGAAUAUGAAAGACACGGACAACGUCUACACGAUGAAGAUAGUUCUGCAGCCGGAUGUUAAGAUAAACGCGGAUUUCCUGGUAAACGGCACCUUGCACGCGAAAAACGUAACCGCCGCUUUUGUGAAUAACGCGUCUACCUUGAGUGCCCCAGACAGCAACACAAAUCCCUCGGUCGAUCUCAUCAACGGCCGAAAGUCUUUCCCUUCCGUCGACACCGACAACUUGACGGUUGUAACGUUGAACGGCAUCCCGCUGGAAGAAUACGUCUUCGACAAUUUGCUCGCAAGUUAUGACGACGUGGACUUUUCCAGGCCAAAGCGAUUAGAGAUUGAUGGGCACUUGAACUUUUCCCAGAUAAACGACGUGGUCUGGGACAAACUGAUGCAGAAUAUAGUAUGGAAGAAUGAAAAUAAGUUCAUUCCUGGAGACACGAUUGUGAAAGGACAACUCAUCGUCGAUGAGGGUAUUGUCGCCUAUCUGAAUAAUCUGCGAUAUCCACAGGAUUAUGUCCCGAGUCGCAGCAAGAUUACUGUCAAUGUUACGGGUGAAAAAUACUUUUCCAAUCUGUCCGUGAUCAAUUUUGUAAACGUCAGCAUGAUAAACGACAUCGACGACUUCAUCGUUCUUAACCGAGACGAGCUUCUCGAUCGAGAGAUUAUCUUCGAGGAUCUGCAGAUUGAUGAAAUUCUUCAGAUCGACGGAAAUGUAACGGGCAUUAAUGUAACCAAAUUGGAGGGUACGCUCAACGAGAUCAACAUGCUCAACACAGACGCCAUUUUUGAGAAUCUGAUCGUCGUGGGAGAUAUCGUGCUGCGAGAUUCGAUCGACGCUAAAACAUGGUCGGAUUUUGACGAUCUUCUGCUGAAGACCGAGAGCAACGCGACAAUUACGGGCAACAAGAAAUUCUCAAGUGAAGUCACUUUGAAGUCCAACAUUAGAACCGGAAGCGUCAACGGUCACGCGGUUUCGGAAUUUGUAACGCUCGACACCGAUCAACAGUUCCCUUAUCUGAAGAGCAUAUCGGCGAGUGUCACGUUCGGCGAUGUGAACCUCGGCGCCGUGAACAAAUUGAAAGAUUAUGUAACUAGAGAGCAAAGUAUUUCCUCCGGCUGCAUAAAUAAGGUACUCCUUUUCAUGAAAACGCCCAUCGUCGACAAGAUCUCCUUCGAGACUAUAGAGCACAGGAUCACGAGCGAGGCUUUCUUCGAGCGAUUGAACAAAACCUUCCGCAAGGCGUACUUUGAGCGUCUGACGCUCUCGACGUUACGGGCUGACGAGAUCACGCCGAAAAUGAUCAAUGCGAUGUGGAACUACAGCGAUUUAAUGAAAUUAACAGCCUCAACGCGGCAGAAUCUAACGGGCUCCUUGGUGGUCGACAAUUUGGAGAUCAGCGUGUUAGACGCGAAGCUCGUCAACGGCAUGCUGAUGCACGAUUUCAAUAGAUUGUUGACGCGCGCGAAAUCUCUUUACGACGACGUCUUUAGCGGCAACGCGACUUUACAGUCCCUGCGAGUGACGGGAGUAUUAACGGCGUCUUCGAUCAACGGGCGUGAUGUUCUCGACAUUUACGACGAACGCAGCAUGAGGCCCGUAAUCUUCCAGAGAGACGUGACGAUCGAGAAUCUGACGGUGCUCGACUUUGUAAACGGUCGAAAUCUAUCCAAAUUCGUCGAUGAUGCCGUACGAAAAACCGAUAGGAAUAUCACGUACACCGGCAAAAAGACGUUUGGGAACGUCACGUGCGAAUUUUUAGACGUGCGAUUUGUAAACGGCCAUUUCGUGGACGACAUUCUGGAUCCCGAGAGAGAACAAGUGCUGAGAGGACCAGUUGUUGUAAACGGUUCAAUCACCGUCUUGGAAAGUUUCAACACUACCGGCAAGAUCGGAGCCAUAUUCUUAAGCGAUUUUAUAGAUAGAAUUAAACCGCUCGGAAAUAACUCUUACGCUCUUCGCGGUGAUUUCCGUUUCACCGGAAAUACUUCCGUCGCGAGAUUAGACGUGAGCGGACCUGUUGAGGGAAUGUUUUUCGACAAUUUCCUGCAGAGGACAAUCGCCAAAAGUCACUCGAAUGUUACGAUAUCCGGAACAAAAUUAUUCAAGAAACUGAUCAUAUUCAACGAUAGAUUCACCAUCGAUGGCGUCUUGGAUGACUUGGAACUGUUUAAAUUUCGCGAGAAAGCUGUUUAUAUCGAUAAACCCUUUUCAAUCGACUCCAAAGUAGUGUUCAAAGAAGGCAUUUACCUGCGAAAAAAUGUUCUGGUGAAGAAAAAAUUACAAACGAGCAGCAUCAUGGGAGUGGAUAUGAAAGAUUUACGGGAGAACGCAAUUCCUCUUGACGCACCCGUACAUUUUGGAGAGCGGAUGACACUCGACAAUGUGACUUCUCAAGCGAGCGUAAAAGUCGUACAGGUCAAUGACUUGAAAAUGCACGAGUUGAUUCCGUUGCAUACGGACCAGCUCAUCCUGAUUGAGACCCUCAUGUGCAUCAAAGUCACUUACAAACACAUCCAUUUGCGUGGACACGUAAACAACUACGUUCUGAAUAAUAUCUACGCGGACACUUUCACGGUAGACGACGACCAGAAUGUUACAGGAAUUAUAAAGAUUCGAGGAAACGUUUACGCGUAUAAGGACUUUAAUGUUCAUUAUAUAAACGGUUUCAAGCUCAAUCAAAUUAUUUCCACAAAUGCCAACGAGACUUUAAUUGGAAAUUUCACGUUCAAAGAUACAGUGAUCCUUGAUAAGAGCCUCAGGAUUUUAGGUCUUCUAAACGGAAUAGACCCGAUUAACUGGGAAGGAACAGCAGUGAUGAAAACAAGCAAAACGAAACAGAUUAUACACGGGAAAUGGCGGGUACACGGGAACGUUACAUUUGAGAAGAAUAUUAACGGAAGUGAAUUUCUAAACAAAAUUAAUAUCAUGGAAGCGUCGAUCAUCCUGGCGAAAGAACGUGUCGAAUUAUACUCCAUUAUCAAAGAGAUAAACGAGAAUCUAGAUAGCAUAUGCGAGAUUUUAAACGUGCUCGAGUGCCGUUUUGCGAAUCAGUUGUAUAAAUUCGAUACGUUCGAAUACUUGAAAAUAUUGGAGUUCGAAGGAGACAUCCACAACAUCCGUAAUAUUGACUUGGAUAAUUUAGGAUAUUUACUGGUAAAUCACGGCAAUUGCAGCGUGACGCUUCUGCAAUAUACUUCGACUAACUUCAUAGAGGCCGACAAAGUGUUCGACGUCGGAUUGGUCGAUCAAUGGACCUUCUACAGAUUGAACCGCACGAUAUAUAUGCUUACAAUCGCGAAACGCGCCUGCGGCAGAAAUCUUAACAACAUAUGGAAGUUGGAAAAUGGCAGACUGACGCAUAUGUUGGAGCUCGGUAAUGUGACUAAUUUUAUGAGAACGUAUCAAAAUACGUUCAUAGCGAUGAAUCACGAUGAGACUGCGACUGUGCCGGAAUCGAAUCUGCAAUCGAGCAUAUUGGAGGCUCUAGUUUCUUAUGAACAAGAAAAGUUAAAUUCAAUUUUAUACAACGAGCCAAUUAUGCCGACAAAUCAGACUUUCGUCUACGAAGUGCAAGGUAGAUCAUUGAAUGGUAUGCAUCCAAACGAUUGCUUCAACUGCAGCAGUCUAUUAAACUACAAAGUAGGAAUUUUCAAGAAAGAAGUGUACGUGUAUUAUAACGAGGAAAUCAGUCAAAAUCACAUUUACUUUUUGAAGGAUGACGCUUCGCAAACGAGGAUCCUGCAAAUCAUAAAAGCGCAUCGACCCAAGUCCUUUUUGGUAUUGAAUUUCGACGGAUCCGUCGAGACGCUACUAAUUUUCAUCGAGAAUAAUGAGGCUAUCCGGGUCUAUGAAUAUCGAGGUAUCGAAGGCUUCGUGUACAGGAAUUCGAUCAAAAUGAAGGUCGAUCAAUUGUACAAGUUUCAAAUGAGAAAGUACACGUAUAUGAAGAAGAAACACUACCUGGCCGCGGUGAAUGGGGAUCGAUUGACGAUCCUAGAAGCGAAGAUGCACGGCGAGAAAUUAGACUUGACAACUCUAACUUCCUCGGGCUCCUGCCCGAUGAACGCGUGUCCGACGCGUUAAAAGGUACGAUUGAGUGGACACGUGAUGUGUGCGCGCUACUUUUAACCAAUACAUGUCAGUCGCGCGAGAAACCGGCGAUAUUUAAUGUAAUAGCGUAACUCCGUACAUCUUGUCGGAGAGAUCGAACUGUUGCAAUAGAUUACAAAAGUAAUUUUAACAUUUACUCUUACCGAUUGCAUGCGAUUGUAUCGACGUAUUUUUCUAUUCUCCUGCGAUGGUAUGAUAAUUGUUGUAAACUAAAAAUCGCGAUAAAACUGUUCGUGUGAGAUACGAUAGCUGGACGAACGUGUCUGUUCAAAGCAAGCACCCUUUAAGUUGCAACCGCGACAAUUGCAACUUUCACUCCUACUCACUAAUCAACUUUAAUUAACAUUCCGUCGCCACGCGAAACGCGAUGAUCGCGUCGCGUCGCGUCCGUUGCCGUCACCACAGCGGCAAGAAGCGACCGCCGCUCUCGACACGUUCGCUGCCUUCAAGAUUGCGCCACCUCAUGCAGUUUUGUUUGCAUUUUCGUGGUCACGCGGUCGACGUCUCAUGCCUUUCUCCCCUCUAUGGCGAAUGACGCGGAACGAUCUUUUUUUCGGUCGACCCGCCGAUGGACGACGAUUCACGUCUCCGUACUCGCGGAAGCGAGUUUAAUCAUGCGCCGGAGCGCACGUUGCAGCGGCGGCAGGCACGUCAUUGUCAUUACCGCGUUCCUUUUUCCACGUGCAAUCGAUCUUCCAGCGUAUACGGAAUUCGCUCCGCGCCCCUUGCCUCUCCCUCCGCUGGCUCCUGUUCCGCGGGCAUGGAUGCCUUAUGAAAUAUCACAUCUGGCCGAGAGAGUUACGUGGAGAGUUAUGGCGCGGAUUGAAUGGAAAUCGCGAAGGCAAGGAAUGCAGUAGCCAUUUGCGAUUUCUCAAAGGCAAUUCCCGGCGUGAAGGUAAGCCGUCGCGGCGGCGGCGCUCGGCGCUCCGAUAAUAAUGAACAAGUAUUGGGUUGGCAAAUAAGUUCGUUCGGUUUUUGUUUUAGUGCAAGUUUCAUGAGGAUUCGCUUUUCUUUUCUCAGCGCUAUCGUGCAAAUCGAAUAUACAUUUGAAAGGUUAUGUUUCACUGUUUAUGUUGUGUUGUGUUUGGUUUGGCUAACAUCAGUAUUGUACUGUGCUGCGUAGCUGUGAACAUGGAAAUAAAUAACGUGCAUUAUCGUCAGAUUUUGCUCUAUUAUU